GAUUCCCUCUCCAAACACAACAGAGAGCUGUCAUGGAGGAGAAGUAGCGACAGAUCCACAGACUGCACUUGAAGAGGCUCACCGACCGGGGGUGUGAUGUCGGUGGUGACGGUGCAGCUGGGGCAGUGCGGGAACCAGGUGGCUCAUGAGCUGUUCGACACCGUGUGCAGGGACGCGCAGGAUGGGCAGAGGAGGACGUACUGCACCGCCAGCACGGAGCGGUUCUUCCGCCGCAGCUCACAAGGAGAUCUCGUGGCCCGGGCGGUGCUGAUAGACAUGGAGCCUAAAGUGAUAAACCACUGUAUGAACGAGGCUGCGCAUUCUGGCAGGUGGAGUUAUGGAGACACGUCACACUUCAGCCAGAAGCAGGGCUCCGGAAACAACUGGGCUAAUGGGUAUUGUGUCCACGGUCCUCGUCACAAGGAGGUGGUGGAGGAGCUGGUGAGGCGGGAGGUGGAGCGCUGUGACAGGCUGGCUGGCCUCAUGGCCAUGAUGAGCGUGGCGGGAGGGACAGGGUCCGGGGUCGGCACCUUCGUCACUCAGGGUCUCCGAGACAUCUACCCAAAGUCCUUUAUCCUCAAUCACCUGACCUGGCCCUACGAGACUGGAGAGGUAAUUGUCCAGAACUAUAACUCCAUGCUGACGCUGGCUCAUCUCUACCAGCUGUCAGACGCCAUCCUGGUGCACGAGAACGACACGGUGCACAGGAUCUGCAGUCAGCUGCUCAACAUCAAGCACAUCUCCUUCAGUGACAUCAACAAGCUCAUCGCUCACCAGCUGGGCAGCGUGCUGCAGCCGGCGCUCACUGCUGACUCCCACGGAGGCUUCAGCAGAAAUCCUCUGGGUGAGCUGGUGAGCGCCCUGGUCUGCCACCCGGAGUACAAGCUGCUCAGUGUGUGCACCGUCCCCCAGAUGCCCAGUGCCUCCAUCGCUUACAGCACCUUCAGCUGGCCGGCGCUGCUCAAACACCUGCGACAGAUGCUCAUCUCCAACAGCAAGAUGGAGGAAGGUAUGGACUGGCAGGCGCGUCCACCUUCAGCCUCUGAGCGGAGCAGGAGUCUCACCGGGGCCAACACGUCUCUGGCCAACCUGCUCAUCCUGAGGGGGAAAGACGUCUACAGUGCAGAGACUGGAGGCUUUGAGGACCCGGGUCUGUACACCCCCUGGCUGUCAUCAGGAGAAGCUUUAAACCUGUGGAAAUCACCGGUGCCUUUUAACAAAUAUGAGAAAUCUGCAACGGUGGUCAGUAACAGUCGGGCUCUGCUCAGACCUCUGGAUCACAUGGUGAGAAAAGCCUGGAACAUGUUCGCCUCCAGAGCCUAUAUCCAUCAGUACGUUAAAUUUGGGAUCUCAGAGGAGGAUUUUCUCGACAGUUUUACAUCCCUGGAGCAGGUCAUCUCCAGCUACAGUCAACUGUGUUAGCAGAGAGAACGAGCACUACCUUUUAUUUGGACUGAAUGAAAACAAGAUUCUGCUGAUAUCAGGAACAUUGCUGCUUUUUUAACCAACAUGUAAAUAAAACAUAGUUUAUUUAAA